AUGCCUCCCAGGCCGAUGCCCGGCUUCCAGCCGGACGGCGACGACGGCGAAGGACCAAGCAACGACACCGGCGGAUACAGGAUGACGCGCAUGGGCCCCGCGGGCGCGCAGGCCGGGGGUUCCUCCCUCGCGCAGCAGCUCCAGGGCAUGCGUCCGGCCGAAGACGGCGCGAACGACGGGGGCGCGACAGCUGUGCCAGCGCCGACAGCUGUGCCAGCCGCGUCAUCGGCUCCGGGCCGACCGCCGAGGCCCGGCAGCGCGACGGGCCGGGACCCCGUCGCCCCGCGGCUCGCGCCCAUCGACCCGAACGCUGUCGGGCAGAUGGCGCCGGGGCCCGGGUCCUACGGCGGAUUCGGCGGCGGCGGGGGCGGGGGCGGGUUAAGCGGCGGGGUUGAAAGGGUCGGGCCCCGUUCGGAUCGAUCGGACGCGGGCGACGUUCCCGCGUUGGCGGUGAACCCGAAGUCGGUGAUCGGCGCCGUGAACGACGCGUCGGAGCAGCUCAGGGCGAUGGACGAGGUGGUGUCGGCGUUUGACGAUAAAGGGCUCGUCGCGGCGGAUCGUAACAAGGAGAAGAGCGACGACUUUUGGACGAUGAACCACAUGAAGCUGCUGUACCUCAUCUCCAAGUACUCGCACUGCGCGCAGACGGUGCACGAGAAGGAGCGGUGGAUCCGCAAGCUCCCGAUGCUGGUGCUGAUUUACGAGGGCAUCGUGCAAAAGGUGUUCGAGUACGACUACGCGCCGGCGUCGGAGGUUGUCGAGACGACUCGGGUGUAUCUCAACGUGUCGCAGGAGGGUAAAGACGACCUGGACGACCUCGUCGAGGGCAAGCUGGUCAAGGGCCUGCGUUUGUCCACCAAGGAGCACCAGAGCGUCACGGCGUACCAGAUCUCGCCCAGCGGGUUGGCGCUGAUAUCCAAGCGACUCCCCGACGAGGAGAGGCAGCUGGUGGACGACUUGUGCAUCGUCGACGGGAAGCUCCUGCAGGUGGUGUGGGAGGAUAAGAGGUUCCUGCUCCGCACGAUGACGUUCAGCAGGGAGUCCACGGUGACGGACGCCGAGGACGUCUCCUACGUGGUGUCCCCUUACCUGCCAAAAACGCUUCGAAGAGUCGGCGGGCCCAUCAUGAGCAGCAACGCGCACAGAGCUUCGGAGAGCGCCACGAAGGAGUCCACCAUCCGCGACGAUCUCGACGAGGUCAUCACCAUCUCGAACGUCACCAUCCUCAUCGGCGAGUGGAUCCCGUUCGGGGCCAAUCAGGUGGUCGAGCUCAACCUGAAGCUGGGUUCCAACGAGCGGUGCCAGGGCGGAUACUUCACCGCGCAGGUGGACGACGACUCCACGAACACGCAGUGCGAGGUUCCCACCGGUUUGACCUCCGUCAGCAUCCUGGACCACGACAUGACGCGGUUCACGAACAUCGAGGCCGAGGUGUACUACCCGGAGGACGAGGGCAUCGUGCAGAUUGAGCACUUUGGCAUUCACACCCGCAUGGACGGCACGAUUGUCUAUGGGCUCAUGAUCGAAUCGGUGAUGGACAGGAUACUGGAGAACAUCUCGUUGGAUAACCUCGCGCGUCUCCUCGUGGACGUCCACGUGGACUCCUCUCGAAUCAUGGAGUCGCUGCUGUCCAACCACCAGCGCGACUUACUCGACAUGAUCUUCCUGGGCAACACGCUGAACAGGGACAAGGUGAACGUGAUCAUCGCCGAUCGCGUGGUGCCGAAGAUGUCCGCGGAACGCUACCUCGACAAGGACGCCUUCGAGAACGAGCUGAGGCAGGUGCUGGGCGACACGCACGAGGCGCACGAUCUCGGCGAUAACGACAUCGUCAUCACGGGUUCGCACGGUAUCAUGCUCAUCGGACCCCACAGCAAGAUGCAGGAGCCGGUCAUGUUGGCGUUUUUAUCGCUGAGGUCGCGCGAUGUGUUCGUGCACAACGUGUUCAAUCGGCUGUUCAUCAUCGACGACACGCUCAAGACCGCGCGGCAGCUCAUCGCCAAGUACGAACAGGACCCGAACUCCAUCCCGAGGAUCCGGCACACCCUAUCGGAGACGUCCAAAGACAUCAUCCUCCUCGAGGAGGUUCUCCUGUACCUGCGCGAGUCGCUGGAGCAGGACACCUCCAUAUACGCCGAGCCCACGGAUGAAUCCGGAUACCGCCUGUACCAGGUGCUCAAGGUGAAGACGAUCCUGAACGACCUCCACGUUCGCAUCGAGGACAUGCAGAAGGUGCUGCUGGGCGCCAGGCACGAGGUGAACGGGCUACGGCAGAUGGCGGAUACGAUAGCCGAGACGCAGAUGUUCCGUCUGCAGGAGGAGAUUCGGGGCAACUCGAGCGACAUGCUGCAGCAGCUGAAGAUCAACGAGCGACAGUCCACGUCCCUGGACGUCAUGCAGGUCAUCUUCGCGGGUUCGCUCGCGUUCGACAUACUGGACCGGCUCACCGGCGAGUGGUCCGUGGUGCACACCUCGUGGGCCAGGGCGUACAUCGUCGACCCGUUCAUGUCCAAGCCCAUGCUCUGGUUCAUAAUAUCCAUGAUGGUGUGGUUCGGCGUGGGGACCGGGGUGUUCAGCAUGAUGCGCGAUCUCAACGAUCGCACCGCCGGGGUCAUCACCUACCGCGUCAAGGUGAACAAGGGCAUCGACCUCAACGCCCUGGACGACUUUUUGUUGCGCAAGUCGGUCAUCGCCGAGGAUGGCGACGCCGACGCGCUCAACGCGAAUCAGAAGGUUUCGUGGAUCGAGAAGGACGUCAGUCGCUGGGAGGGGUACCAGCCCAAGAUCGAGAUGAUCUACGACGUCAAGCACGGGUUCUUGCUGAGCGUGUACAUGCAGGUGACGAGGAGGGCGAGCAAGCCGGCGAGGCUGAGGCCGGAGACGAUGAAGAUGCGAUUCUUCACGGAGCUUCAGGAAGCCGGAGUGAUGGCGCCGGACGACGCGGCUGAAGUGAUCGACAACACGCGCAGACGCCAGACGCGACCUGGCGAGUUGGUGACGAUAGAGGACAGUAGCGUGUUCCUCAAGGUUCGCGUCCCGGGCGAGCGGCACUACCGCGAGAUUCCCUUUGGCCGCCAGAGCUACCUGGAGCUGAGGGAGGAGAUUGCGCACAAGUUCGAGUGCAAGCCGGUGCAGGUGCUGCAGGUGUUCAAGGAACCCGACAUCCUGAUCGCGGACGACGACGACGUGAGCAGGCUCAAACCCGGUACGGUGCUGGAGGUGAACAUCAAGAACUUCUCGGGGUACAAGUCCGCGCAGCAGGGACUGCCGGCGCCGCCGUGA